AUGCAUACAGGGGAUCACGGCAAACCAUAUGUCAUUCGCCCUGAUGAAGACGAUCCAAUUGGCCUCUCCCAUCUUGAGGCCAACCAUGGCGUCGAGCUGGGCCCGCGCACCAUCACCUUUGGCCCGGAGGAGCGUGAUGGUGCUGCGGAGAAGCGAUCCCGACGCGGUCGUCGUUCGUCACACGGUCGACGGUCAAUGUCGCGUUCUCGAUCCCGCAGUCAUGCUCGGUCCGCUUCCAAUAUACCUAUCGAGUUCCACCGGAUGAGUUUCCAGAUCUCCCAAUCCGAGAUGCACGAGAAAUACGCAGAAGAUCUGAAGAGUGCAAAGGUACUUGCCGAAGAUAAGGCAGAUGAUACUCGUUAUUUCGAGGAUCUUGACUACCACUCACUGCCUGUCGAUACUAUCUAUCGAGAUCUAGGAGUCACCGCCGAAGGACUGUCUCCCACAGAGGUCGCUGCUCGUCUUGCCCGCAAUGGGAUGAAUAGCCUCCCUCACCGGCCUCCGAAUUACGUGAUGAAGCUUCUUAAGUACGUCUUUGGCGGGUUCUGCUCCGUUCUCUGGGUGGGGGUGGUUAUUUUUUUUAUAUGUUGGCGCCCCCUUGGUGACCCGCAUCCAGCUCCCUAUAAUCUGGGGCUCGCAAUCCUGGUUUUGAUUGUCAUAUUCCUGCAAGCCUGCUUCUCCGCUUUCCAGGACUGGUCCACAGCUCGGACCAUGAGUGCCAUUCUGGAUCUAGUCCCUUCUGAUGCCCUAGUGAUCCGAUCUGGUGAAACCGUGAGAGUUCCAUCGACUCAUCUCGUCGUAGGGGACAUCGUCAAGAUCAGCAUCGGAAACAAAGUCCCUGCGGACUUACGCCUUGUGAACACAUCCGGCGAUGUUCGCUUCGAUCGGUCCAUCUUGACAGGUGAGUCGGAGGAGAUUGACGGCUCUACUUAUAUGACUGAGACCAAUUUCUUGGAAACACGCAACGUCGCAUUGAUGGGAACAUUGGUCACGAAUGGCAGUGCGACAGGUGUAGUCGUGCUAACGGGAAAAGACACCGUGAUGGGGCAUAUCGCCUUAUCCUCCUCAUCAGUCAAGGAGCAGCCGACCCUCAUCCAGCAGGAGAUUACCCGCUUCGUGAAGAUCAUUGUAUGCUUAACGGUGACUCUCGCGGCCCUUAUCCUUUUCACUUGGGUGGGCUGGCUCAGAGUGGAUCACCCUGGAUACAUGAGCGUUGUAGCCAUGCUCAACAACGUGAUGGGUUGUGUCGUUGCCUUUAUCCCCGAGGGUAUGCCAGUGGGAGUUGCCCUGACUCUGAUGAUGGUCGCCCGGCGCAUGAAAAACAACAAUAUCCUACCCAAGGGCUUGUCCACCGUGGAGACGCUGGGCUGUGUCAAUGUCAUCUGCUCCGACAAAACGGGCACCCUGACUGAGAACCAGAUGACCGUCGUCACCGCCACGUUUGUAGAUGGGAGCUUGUCCGCCGAAAAGGCAAUCCCCGCAGUUGCAGAAGGCCAGCUGACGCCGCUGGUGGAGUUGCACAAGGCCGCCACGCUUUGCAAUGAUGCGACAUUUGAUCCCGUUACCAUGAAGGACCCUAUCCCGGAUCGCAAGGUCCUGGGGAAUGCCACUGACAGUGCCGUGCUCAAGUUCGUGGAGCUCGCCCAGAAGGACUCGGUCAACAAAUUGAACAACGCCUACCCAAGGGUCUUCACAAUUCCAUUCAACUCCAAGAACAAAUGGAUGCUCACUCUUCACGAGACGGAGCAGAGUGGGUCUAGUAGCAAGGGGGCCUACCUUCUACUUAUGAAGGGCGCGUCCGACAUUCUGUUGCCGCAUUGUACCUCGUACUAUUCCUGUGAGGGGAACAAAGUGAAGCCACUCGAUGCGGCAGCUAAACAACGACUGGUUGCGGCACAAGAAAUGAUGUCCCGGAGCGCUCAGCGGAUAAUUUUGCUAUGCCAACGCCCCUACACCCCCGUGGAGCCACUUGGGACCAAUUGCUUCGGCGACGAGAUCCAGAGCCGUGGUAUCAACGACCUCACCCUCAUCGGCAUGUUUGGUAUCAUCGAUCCCCCUCGGAAGGAGGCUGCAGCAACGGUGGCUGCCUGCCGACGCGCGGGAGCACGCUUUUUCAUGGUUACGGGGGAUCUGGGUCUUACAGGAGCUUCCAUUGCCCGUGACAUUGGCAUUUUCAGUGGAGGCGAACCGGAUACGUUCGACACCAUCGUCCAGCGGCGAGACUCCAGUCACCAUGGGGCUAAGCCGUCGGACGGCAACCAUUGCGAAUGGUCCCAGACCAGUCUGCUUCUGGAGGGCCCGUCUAUUUCGCAGCUGACCGACGAGGACUGGGAUGUAGUCUGCCAGUACGAGGAGAUUGUAUUUGGUCGCACCAUGCCGGAGCAGAAGUUGCGCAUCGUGAAUGAGUUUCGAGCGCGCGAUAAUGUGGUGGCUGUCACUGGCGAUGGCGUCAAUGAUGCACCGGCGAUGCGUGCGGCGGACAUCGGGGUUGCCGUGGUCACCGGGAGUGAUGUGGCACUAGAAGCCGCCGAUCUGAUUCUGAUCGAUAAAUUCGACUCCAUCAUUGAAGCUAUCCGCCUCGGCCGUCUCGUAUUCCAGAACCUUCAGAAAGUCAUCAGCUAUCUUCUUCCGGCUGGGUCAUGGUCCGAAAUUUGGCCUGUCCUUCUAAAUGUUUUCUUUGGCGUCCCGCUUCCCCUGUCGUCCUUUCUCAUGAUCAUCAUUUGCGUGUUUACGGAUCUGUUCUGCAGUCUCUCCCUGAUUAUGGAGCAGGAAGAAUUUGACCUGCUGAGCCUACCUCCUCGAAACCACAAGAAGGAUCACCUGAUCAACGUCAAAGUUUAUGUCCAAAGCUACCUGUUCAUGGGUGUUAUGGAAACCGUCUGUGCCCACGCCAUGUAUUUCUUAUACUAUUGGAAAUACACCGGAAUACCCAUACGCUCGCUCUUCUUUGCCUACGAAAAGUACACCGACGGCUUUUAUGGCUAUACCCAGGACCAGCUCACCCAAUUCAACACCCGGGGCCAAAGUGUCUACUUUAUCUGUCUGCUCAUCUUGCAAUGGGGAAAUAUCCUCAGUGUGCGCAAUAAGCGACUGUCGAUCCUACAGGCGGACCCUAUCCGCAAAAAGCGUCGCAAUGUAUGGCUCCUGGGUAGCCUGGUCAUCAGUCUUUCCAUCGCUGUCUUUGUCACGGAGGAGCCGGGGCUUCAGAGUAUUUUUGGCACUGCCUCGGCGCCGCUGGAAUUUUGGUUCAUUCCCAUUCCCCUUGCCUUGGGGAUCCUGUGCAUGGAUGAGAUUCGAAAAUUGGUGGUGCGAGUUUGGCCGAAGGGCCCUAUCGCAAGGAUUGCAUGGUAG